AUGGAGGGACCCGGGGACCGUGCCUUCAGGCUCCUGAACGAAUACUCCAGUGGUUUCAUGGUGUCUCAGGUCCUCUUUGCUGCCUGUGAGCUUGGCGUGUUUGACCUGCUGGCCCAGGCCCCGGAGCCCCUGGACACGGCUGAGCUGGCCACACGUCUGGGCACCAGCCUCCAUGGCACGGAGCUGCUACUGGAUGUGUGCGCGUCCCUGGAAUUGCUGACCGUGGAGACAAAGAGAAACAGAGCUGUCUACCAGAACACAGAUCUCUCCACCACUUUCCUGGUCAGGACCAGCCCCACGUGCCAGCUCCACAUGCUGCUGUACCUGUCCAGGACCACCUACCUGUGCUGGGGCCACCUGGCUGCUGCCGUGAGGGAGGGGAAGAAUCAGUACAAGAGGGCAUUUGGUGUGCCGUCAGAACAGCUCUUCACGGCCAUCUACAGGUCCGAGGCCGAGCGUCUGCUGUUCAUGCGGGGCCUGGCGGAGAUUUGGAGCGUCCACGGCGUGGGCGUGAUGACCGCUUUCGACCUGUCCGCCUUCUCGGUCAUCUGUGACCUCGGGGGAGCUUCUGGGGCUCUGGCCAGAGUGUGUGCGUCCCUGUACCCCGAUUCCAGCGUCCUGGUGUUGGAGGUGCCUGAAGUGGUGCGAGCUGCCAGGUCGCUUUUUCUGUCCACUGUGGAGGCCCCGGUCAGUUUCAGAGAAGGGGAUUUCUUUAAAGACCCACUUCCAGAGGCGGAUCUAUACAUCCUGGCAAGGGUGCUGCAUGACUGGACGGAUGAAAAGUGCUCAGAAUUGCUGGCGAAAAUCCACCACACCUGCAAGCCAGGUGGUGGCAUUCUGGUGGUUGAGAGUGUCCUGGAGGAGGACAGGCGGGGGCCGCUGACCACCCAGCUGUACUCUCUGAACAUGCUCGUGCAGACAGAGGGCCGGGAGAGGACCCCAGCCGAGUACCGCAGCCUCAUCUGCUCAGCCGGCUUCCAGGACUUCCAGCUCAAGAAGACGGGGAAGAUUUACGAUGUGAUUUUAGCCAGGAAAUGA